GGGGGGGAGGGUGCAAUAAAUGGCCAACAACAGGAGCAUUGAGCUGGAGCACUUUGAGGAGCGGGACAAAAGGCAGCAGCGCCCAGGGGCCCGCAGAACGGGGACCGGCUCGAGUUGCAGCAGCAGCUCCGGGCCCAAGGGGAACGGGCUUAUUCCAAGCCCCGCGCACAGCGCCCACUGCAGCUUCUACCGCACGCGGACGCUGCAGGCCCUCAGCUCGGAGAAGAAAGCAAAGAAAGCCCGGUUCUACCGCAAUGGGGACAGGUACUUCAAGGGCUUGGUGUUUGCCGUUUCCAGCGACCGCUUUCGCUCCUUCGAUGCUCUCCUGAUCGAGCUCACCAGGUCGCUGUCGGACAAUGUGAACCUGCCCCAGGGGGUCCGCACCAUCUACACCAUUGAUGGCAGCAGGAAACUCACCAGCUUGGAGGAGCUAGUGGAAGGUGAAAGUUAUGUAUGUGCAUCCAAUGAACCAUAUCGCAAAGUUGAUUAUACCAAGAAUGUCAAUCCAAACUGGUCUGUGAAUGUUAAGACUGGGUCUGCUCGAUCCUUGACAUCUCUGACAUCGAUGAAAAGUGAAGUGAAGGAGAAUAAAGAUUUCAUUAAACCCAAACUGGUGACUGUUAUUCGGAGUGGCGUGAAGCCACGGAAAGCUGUGAGAAUUCUGUUGAAUAAAAAGACUGCUCAUUCCUUUGAACAGGUUUUGACUGACAUCACAGAAGCCAUUAAGUUAGAUUCAGGCAUUGUCAAGAGACUUGUAACACUAGAUGGGAAGCAGGUUACCUGCUUGCAGGACUUUUUUGGAGAUGAUGAUGUUUUCAUUGCCUGCGGACCUGAGAAAUAUCGUUAUGCUCAAGAUGACUUUGUACUGGAUCAUAGUGAAUGUCGCGUUAUGAAGUCGUCAUAUUCCCGUUCACCUGGUACACCCAGACAAUCUGGUUCCAAAAGCCCAGGACCCUCACGUCGAAGCAAGUCACCUGCUUCAGUAAAGAGGGGUGGCCACUACUCCAGUGCUUAUUCUACAGCAAAAUCCCCAGUCAGUGGAACACCCAGCAGCCAGAUAUCCACUCCAAAAUCUACCAAGUCCUCCAGCUCUUCACCAACCAGCCCGGGGAGCUUUCGUGGACUCAAGAUUCCUCCACACUGUGGCUCUUCUUCCAUUGUGAAUGGUGUGCCUGAACUAUUCCAUUGCAUAAGUCCUGAAGGUGUGAAUGGAAACAAGUGCUCAGGGUCAUCCACUAUUCUUGAGAAAUACAGAGUGGGAAAGGUGAUUGGUGAUGGCAAUUUUGCUGUAGUAAAGGAGUGCGUAGAACGAGCCACUGGAAAGGAGUUUGCACUGAAGAUUAUAGACAAGGCAAAAUGCUGUGGAAAGGAGCAUCUGAUAGAGAAUGAGGUAUCCAUACUGCGCCAAGUGAAACACCCCAAUAUUAUCAUGCUGAUAGAGGAGAUGGACACUCCAACAGAACUGUAUCUGGUAAUGGAGUUAGUUAAGGGAGGAGACCUAUUUGAUGCUAUCACUUCUUCAACAAAGUAUACGGAGAGAGAUGGUAGCGCAAUGGUCUACAAUCUAGCCAGUGCACUGAAAUACCUCCAUGGUCUCAACAUUGUGCACAGAGACAUUAAGCCAGAGAAUCUCCUGGUAUGCGAUUAUUCAGAUGGAACAAAGUCCUUGAAGCUUGGGGACUUUGGACUGGCCACAGUGGUUGAAGGACCCUUAUAUACAGUCUGUGGCACCCCUACAUACGUGGCUCCAGAAAUCAUUGCAGAGACAGGCUAUGGCUUAAAGGUGGAUAUUUGGGCUGCAGGUGUGAUCACAUACAUACUGCUUUGUGGAUUCCCACCUUUUCGCAGUGAGAACAAUCUUCAGGAAGAUCUCUUUGAUCAGAUCCUCAUUGGAAAGCUAGAGUUUCCCUCUCCGUACUGGGAUAACAUCACUGACUCAGCUAAGGAGUUAAUUAGUCUGAUGCUACAGGUAAACGUAGAAGCUCGAUAUACAGCAGCACAGAUCCUAGGCCAUCCCUGGGUGUCUGAUGAUGCCUUGCAGGAGAAUAAUAUGCAAGCUGAAGUAACAGGUAAACUGAGGCAGCACUUUAACAACAUGCUACCCAAGCAGAACAAUACAACUGCUGGGGUCUCUGUCAUCAUGAACACAGCUCUAGAUAAGGAAAGUCAGAUUUUCUGCAACAAGCACUCUCAGGACUCUAGUAGAGCGGGUAUGCAGAAAACUUCUGUGAUUAUUGCUGCAACUCAAGAUUCUCGUGUGGCUGGGUCCAAGAACCUCUCCCCUGCUGCUUCUGAGCCAAUCAAAUCCCCCACACAGCCUGACUCAGCAUGUUAUGAGAAUGCUGGGGAACAGCUCGCUCUGUAGAAGUAACUUAAACCAAAGCCAACUUCUAGGCCAGUAGACUCCUUCAACUUAAUGAACAUCCAUCACAUGUGUGGUUUGCUCCCACUCUCUUGUGGCAACCCCUAGGCAGACUGUCAAUAAGUGAGUGGAUGAAGUGUGUGCUAUAGCUUUGAGUGCUCUUCCAGCCUUUGGCUUCUGAACAUUAAGAGAAGGGGAAGAAAUUCUGAAUGUUUAGAUUCGUUUUUAUCAUUGGAGUUAGUUUAAUGAAAUGCAUUUCUCACACCCUAGGAAUCUGACUAGCUUAAUCUAACUUGUAGUUAAACAAGAACAUAAUAUGGAUGAACAGUUACAAGGCCUCAUGUAUGCGUCAACAGAACUUGUUCCCAGAAAAGGCCUAUGCCCACAAAAAGCUGUAUUUUCUCUCGUGGCUACAGUGAGUUGAGCUAAAGAGGCAUGUUUCCAUGAAAAACUUGAGUGGAUUAACUGUACAAUAUUGA